AUGGCAACUAUCCCACGGACAACGCCAUCGAUCCGAAGCCUCAACCUCCUCCUCCGCACAGCGCCACGAUUCGCGCAAACACAAUACCGCAGACAUACAACCGCUUCUGCCAGUGGCGCGAAAUCGUCAGUCAACCCGGAGGAGGUAUCACACUUCAAUGCCUUAGCAUCAACAUGGUGGGAUCCUCACGGGUCUUCGAGGUUACUACAUCUCAUGAACCCUUUACGCCAUGAUUUCAUACGAACUUGCCACGCCUCGCAACCCACACCCGUCGCAAAGGAGGGACUGAGAUAUCUGGAUAUUGGCUGUGGAGGAGGUAUAUUUGCAGAGAGCGCAGCGAGGUUAGGGAGUGUAAAAAGUGUUACGGCCGUGGAUCCGAGUCCAGAAGUUUUGGCGGUUGCGAAAGCACAUGCCAGACAGGAUCCUGGGUUAGCUGCAAAGUUGACAUAUCUGAAUGUUUCUGUUGAAGGGUUGCCAGCGCCCAAAGGCCUCCAGGAUCAGUACGAUGUGCUUUCACUGUUUGAGGUUAUAGAACAUAUCACCCACCCUGCGCAAUUUCUGGAUGCGUGUACGCCAUUUGUCAAACCUGGAGGGUGGAUUAUUAUGAGUACGAUUGCGAGGACGUGGACGAGCUGGGUUACUACAAAACUUGUCGCCGAGGAUAUCGCCGGGAUCGUACCCAGGGGAACGCAUGAUUGGGAGAAGUACAUUAAUGAGGAUGAGCUGAGGGGCCAUUUUUUGAAGGAGAGGGGAUGGAAUAGUCCGAGGGUUAUGGGGGUCGUUUACGUGCCUGGCCUUGGGUGGAAGGAGAUUAGUGGGAGUGAGAAACUGGGCAAUUACUUCUUCGGAAUUCGCAAAGACGAAUGA